GACCCCGCUGGCAUAUUUGAACUGGUGGAGGUGGUUGGGAAUGGGACGUAUGGACAGGUCUAUAAGGGCCGCCAUGUCAAGACAGGGCAGCUGGCAGCCAUCAAGGUCAUGGACGUCACAGAGGAUGAGGAGGAAGAAAUAAAGCAGGAAAUCAACAUGCUGAAGAAAUACUCCCACCACCGUAACAUCGCCACCUACUAUGGGGCCUUCAUCAAGAAGAGCCCGCCCGGGAAUGAUGACCAGCUGUGGCUGGUGAUGGAAUUCUGUGGGGCCGGUUCUGUCACAGACUUGGUCAAGAACACUAAGGGCAAUGCGCUGAAGGAGGACUGCAUCGCGUACAUCUGCCGGGAGAUCCUGCGGGGCCUGGCUCACCUACAUGCUCACAAGGUGAUCCAUCGGGACAUCAAAGGGCAGAAUGUGCUGUUGACAGAGAAAGCCGAGGUGAAGCUGGUGGAUUUUGGGGUGAGCGCCCAGCUGGAUCGGACGGUGGGGCGCAGAAACACCUUCAUUGGCACCCCCUACUGGAUGGCCCCGGAGGUGAUUGCCUGCGAUGAGAACCCUGACGCCACAUACGACUACAGGAGUGACAUCUGGUCCCUCGGCAUCACUGCUAUCGAGAUGGCUGAGGGGGCACCACCACUGUGCGACAUGCACCCCAUGCGAGCGCUUUUCCUCAUCCCCCGCAACCCACCACCCAAGCUCAAGUCCAAGAAAUGGUCCAAGAAAUUCAUCGACUUCAUAGACACUUGCCUGAUCAAAGCCUACAUGAACCGCCCACCCACUGAGCAGCUGCUGAAAUUUCCCUUCAUCCGUGACCAGCCCACUGAGCGCCAGGUCCGCAUCCAGCUCAAGGACCACAUCGACCGCUCUCGCAAGAAGAGAGGAGAGAAGGACGAGACAGAGUAUGAGUACAGCGGCAGUGAGGAGGAGGACGACAGCCACGGGGAGGAAGGGGAGCCCAGCUCCAUCAUGAACGUGCCGGGCGAGUCGACACUGCGGCGGGAAUUCCUGCGCCUGCAACAGGAGAACAAGAGCCACUCGGAGGCGGCGCUCAAGCAGCAACAGCAGCUGGCAGCCCAGCACCGCGACUCAGAGGCCCACAUCAAACAGCUGCUGCACGAGCGUCAGCGCCGGAUUGAGGAGCAGAAGCAGGAGCGGCGGCGCGUGGAGGAGCAGCAGCGUCGGGAGCGGGAGCAGCGCAAGCUGCAGGAGAAGGAGCAGCAGCGGCGGCUGGAGGACAUGCAGGUGCUGCGGCGGGAGGAGGAGCGGAGGCAGGCAGAGCGUGAGCAGGAGUACAAGCGGAAGCAGCUAGAGGAGCAGCGGCAGUCAGAGCGGCUCCAGCGCCAGCUGCAGCAGGAACACGCCUACCUGAAGUCCCUACAGCAGCAACAGCAGCAGGGGGCGCCAGCGAGUGACAAGAAACCUCUGUACCACUACAACCGCAGUGCCCAUGCUGCUGACAAGCCCACCUGGGCCCGGGAGGUGGAGGAGCGGACACGACUGAAUAAGCAGAGCUCGCCAGCAGCCCAGACGAAGCUGGGUGGCACCAUGUCAGACCCUGCCCUUCAAACACGCCCAGAGUCAGUGUCCCUGGGCUCUGGCCCGGCAGCCCAGACUCCGCCCAUGCAGCGCCCCGUUGAGCCUCAGGAGGGGCAGCACAAGAGCCACUUGGCACACCGCGUGCCGCUGAAGCCCUACGCUGCGCCAGUACCACGCUCCCAGUCCCUGCAAGACCAACCCACCAAGAACGUGGCAGCCUUCCCUGUGCAGGACCCGGCUGCUCCCACCCCACCCCGUAACGCCAUGAUCCGCCAGAACUCAGACCCCACCUCGGAGACACCUGCACCACCCACACGAACCAACGCCGCUGACCCGCGGGGGCCAUGGGUCCGCACGGAGCCUGAGGCCCCGCCCAAGGUCCCCCAGCGAACAUCAUCCAUCGCCACUGCACUCAACACCAGUGGGGCCGGGGGCAGCAGUCGGCAGGGCCACGCUGUGAGAGCCAGCAACCCGGACCUGCGGCGCAGCGACCCUGGGUGGGAGAGGGCCGACAGCCUGCUGCAGGCGAGCAGCACCAACCUGCCCCAAGCUGGCUCCUUGGAGCGCAACCGCAUCGGGGCUGCGUCCAAGAGGGAGAGCUCCCCCAUCCUACCCCCUGUGAGCAAGCCCAAGGUGGAGGAUCACCGUUCACGCCCCGGCCGGCCUGCGAGCUAUAAACGCGCCAUCGGCGAGAACUUCGUGCUGCUGAAGGAGAGGCCUGAGGAGCCCCCCAAACCUCCCAGCAAGGCCAUGGACUACUCCUCCUCCUGUGAGGAGCUGGACAGCAGUGAGGAAGAGGACGAAGAGCCAGAAGGCGAGCCCCAGGAUGGGCGGGGGGAAUCUGCCGGGACCAGGGAUGGUGACACGGACAGCGUCAGCACUAUGGUGGUGCACGAGGUGGACGAGCCGUCGGGCAGUGGUUCGGAGAGCGGCUCCUAUGGCGGGGAUGGCACCCUGCUGGUGCAGCGGUUGUGGGGGGCCUGGCGGGGAGCCUUGGCCAGGGGUGAUCCCACUGUCAGGGAGAAGGAUUGUGGGGGAGCAUUUUACCCUGCCUCUCCGUGUGUUCAUUCCCUGCAGUACCAGUCGCGGGGGCUGGUCAAGGCCCCUGGCAAAAGCUCCUUCACCAUGUUCGUGGACCUGGGCAUCUACCAGAGCGCGGGUGGCGGGGACAGCAUUCCCAUCACUGCGCUGGUGGGGGCUGACCCCAGCCAGCUGGAGCAGCUGAAGCUGGAGGUGCGGAAGGGCUCAGUGGUGAACGUGAACCCUACCAACACGCGACCCCACAGCGACACCCCCGAGAUCCGGAAGUACAAGAAGCGCUUCAACUCAGAGAUCCUCUGUGCUGCUCUGUGGGGCGUGAACCUGUUGGUGGGCACGGAGAGCGGGCUGCUGCUGCUGGACCGCAGCGGGCAAGGCAAGGUCUACGGGCUGAUCAGCCGGCGCCGCUUCCAGCAGAUGGAUGUGCUGGAGGGCCUCAACCUGUUAACCACCAUCUCGGGAAAGAGGAACAAGUUGCGCGUCUAUUACCUGUCCUGGCUGCGCAACAAGAUCCUGCACAACGACCCCGAGGUGGAGAAGAAGCAGGGUUGGACCACCGUGGGUGACAUGGAGGGCUGCGUGCACUACCGUGUGGUAAAGUACGAGCGCAUCAAGUUCCUGGUAAUCGCCCUCAAGAACUCGGUCGAGGUCUACGCCUGGGCUCCCAAACCCUACCACAAGUUCAUGGCCUUCAAGUCCUUCGCAGACUUGCCACACCGCCCUCUGCUGGUGGAGCUGACAGUGGAGGAGGGUCAGAGGUUAAAGGUCAUUUAUGGGUCAUGCGCCGGGUUCCAUGCCAUUGAUGUGGACUCGGGAAACAACUACGACAUCUACAUCCCCGUGCAUAUCCAGACCCACAUCACGCCCCACGCCAUCAUCUUCCUGCCCCACACAGAGGGCGUGGAGAUGCUGCUCUGCUAUGAGGACGAGGGCGUCUACGUGAACACCUAUGGGCGCAUCAUCAAGGACGUGGUGCUGCAGUGGGGGGAGAUGCCCACCUCUGUGGCGUACAUCUGCUCCAACCAGAUCAUGGGCUGGGGUGAGAAGGCCAUUGAGAUCCGCUCCGUGGAAACCGGCCACCUGGACGGCGUGUUCAUGCACAAGCGGGCCCAGCGGCUCAAGUUCCUCUGCGAGCGCAAUGACAAGGUUUUCUUUGCCUCCGUCCGCUCCGGGGGCAGCAGCCAGGUUUACUUCAUGACACUCAACAGAAACUGCAUCAUGAACUGGUAAGGUCCCGCCCGCAUGUCUGGUGCUGCCUCUGGAGGGGCGGGGCCAGGCCAGCCUAGACACUGGAUCCAUGUGCCGGAGACUCCGCCCCACAGCCACUGAGGAUCAGGACGGACCAAUCAGCAGAACCGAUGCCUUGACCACCUUCUUCCCCACCUAUGUUUGAUGCUGCUUUGGGGGGGAUUUCCAUCACGACAGUGUUCCCCCUCCCUCCCCAUGACUGACAAACUGAGUGAACUCCCCCUGCUUCACUUUCCCCUUCCCUUGGCUCCAUGUGACUCACUCUGUUUAUAGCUGCGAGGGGGCCUUGUGUAACCAACAGCCCUGCCCCAGAGGUGGCUGCUUCUCUGCAGCUUCCUAACGAUUCCAGGUGUACGUGGGGUGAAGGGCAAGCUCCCCUGUGAAACACAAGGAAGGUGGCUGCAGGCCCAGGCUGGGGGGAUCCCCCAGUGCUGUAGGUGUGGGGUGCUGCACCUUUUCCCCCACCCCAACCUCAUGGAGGGGACUCAGAGUAGCUGGGGGCAUAAACCCAUAGCUUUGUGCCAAUUUCGCUUUGCUUACAGGUAGGGUCGGGGCUGGGCUUGGGGUCCAGGGCACUUUCAGCCACAUGUGUAAGCGCUGUGGUGGUGGUAGGGAAUCCCCCAAAGCACCCCUUUGACUGCCUUGUGCACCCCAGAACUCAUCCCCUUGUGUUGUCUGCACUGCAGCUCCUGGGCCCAGCAGACAGGGGCCACCCACCACAGGUGUCUGGGCAGGGUGAAUGUAUGGGGGGGGCACCGAGCGGGGAGCGACAAGGCCCCUGCAGGCUCUGUGUAUAUUUUGCUUUAAUUAUUUUAUUUUGUAACAAUGAUUCAUUAAUGAAGCACUUUAAAGCCCUCACUACGCUCAUGGGGGGCCAGAGAGCUCCCCAGGCGGAUUUGGGGUUAUUUUCUAACUGACCCAGAAGAGUUGGCCUCAGGGUGGGGACUCAUUGGCUCAAGGGGGCAGGGAUCAGGGCGUAUGGCUCCAGCUCCCAUCCAGCCCCAUGGAAGCCUGGCUGCAGCAUCACUGCAAGGGUUAAACAGCAGGGAGGCACAGGGACAGCAUCUCGAUCCUCCUUUGUGCCAUGUACAGCGGAGGGGUCCUGCCUGGGGCCCCAAGAGCCAUCAGGAGUGUGGGGGGGAUGUUAUGGAGUUUGUGGGGACCCCCGGUAUUCAGUUUCCUCUGUACGUUGCUUGCAUCUGUCUAUCAAGCCCCCACCCCUGCAGACUGGUCCCCCAUCCCCUGCGCCGUGGCCUUGAAAUUUCAUCUGUUAAUAAAAAAACAAAUUCUCUGA